AUGGUCCCUGCCAGCUUCAUGGUCCCUGCCAGCUUCAUGCGUGUGGAGCACAUCAGUCCGUACUGCCGCUCUCUCCUGUGCAGCGCUCACAUCCAGAGCCGGUCCGACGCCGUGGCCACCGUGUCCUGCCGCUCGGAGGACCGCCCCCCCCGGCCCCUCCACCGCAGCCGCCUGUCCUGCACCGAACACCUGCUGUCGGUGCAGAGGAACACCUACAGCAGCACCAAACUGCGAUGA